UCUCCAACUGCACCUCACCUCGCCGAGAGUUCACCUGCCGCUCUCGCUGAGGCCGCCUCCUACUUCUCCUCGAACCGCCUUGGAUCCCUUUCAACACCUAGCAAAGCGCACCGCCACGCCGGACCAUGUUUCGCGGUCCCAACGGUGGUCGCUCCAAGGCGACAGCUACCACGCUGUGUCAGAAGUGCCUGAAAAAAGGGCACUACAGCUACGAAUGCAAAGCAACCGCCCAAGAACGCCCGUAUACCUCCCGGCCCUCCCGAACCCAACAGCUGCACAACCCAAAGCUAGCCCCAAAGCUAAUGAGCGAUGUGCCCAACGACCUUCUCCGAAAGAAAGGCGUAGCCGACGAACAACUCGCCAAGAUCGCCGCCGCUGAGCGAGGCCGCAAGCACGACCGAGACGACGACGGCGCCUCUCACUCACCGCGCAAGCGCUCGCGCUCUGUUUCCUCGUACUCCUCGUCUGUGUCGACAAUCUCUACGAACCGCUCUCCCUCACCACCGCCCCGGAAAGACAGGCGCGUCGACCGAGACACGUCCAUGGGAUCCCCGCGCAAGCCGACCGAGGCCCGAAAGAGGCGGCGGAAGUCUGAGUCCCUGUCGGAAGCGUAUAGCUCAUCGGACGAGGACGGCGUCAGGGGCAGAGGGGAUCGCAACACGAGGCGGAGGAUGAGCUCGUUCAGCCCGGCGCAGCGAGGCAGGCGUCGAAGCAGGUCGUGGUCCAACCGCAUGGACACGUCGAAGAGCCGGAGCCCAGUCAGACGUGGCAGGCCGCAACGCGCCUCUCCGGACACGAGGAUGAAGUCGCGCAGUCGCAGCUUCGGGAGGCGAAGACUCUCACCCGUUGGAAGACGCAUGUCGUUGUCUAGGAGCCGCAGUCAGUCCAGGAGCCGGCGUACCAGGAGACGCUCGUCGCCGCCCCGCCGCACAAUGGCGCCGAAAGGAGGACCGCGCAGCCCUGAUGGAUUGGGAGACUUCAAUAGUCCCGGCCCGCGUCGAAUCCGCUCUCGAUCCCGCAGCCCGUUUCGCCCUAGGGAUGCCCCGUAUGCUGGCAAUCGCAAUGGUGUGCGCGAGGAUCGUCGUGGUCUGCCUGCUGACGGCCGACGAGCGCUGCCCCAGCAUGCUAUGGGCAACGGACAUGCUGCGCCUCCGCCAGUCCGCAAGGAGAGGAGUCUGAGUCCUUACAGCAAACGUCUUGCUCUGACGCAGGCCAUGGGACGCUGAAUAAUAAAACCAACUGUCAUCAUCGGAGGCCUGGUUAUGGGUAUUCUCAUUGGUGCGGUAUUUCAUUUGGGCAUGAUAAUUGGAAUAGGGGCGUAGCUUAGUACGGAUACCCAAUACUUGAAUCAACCACAGU